AUGAAGGUGGGUCAUUCUAUUGGCGCGUACAUAGGUCUGGAGAUAUGCAAAAGAUUCCAGAAGAAGGUAAUUUUUUUUGUGGGGCUUUAUCCAUUUUUGACAUUGAACAAGAAUGCUAUGAAGCAAUCAGCAAUUGGAUAUGUUGCAAGGUCAUCUCUCCUUAGUAAAGGGGUUAGUUUGUUAGUGUCUUUGAUCGGCUCACUCCAGGCUUCAGUUACGAGGAGCAUUGUGAAAAGGUUCCUUGGAUCUUCUUGGUCUCCAACAGCCAUUGAUGCUGGAUGUAGCCAUCUCUUGCAGUACCAUACGAUGCGCAAUGUGCUUUUCAUGGCAAAGACAGAGUUUCAAAAGCUUCAUGAAGAGCCGGACUGGAAUUUCAUCAGAGCAAAACAGGCUCAAAUUGCUUUUCUGUUCGGUGUGGAUGAUCACUGGGGUCCACUGACUCACUUGGAAGAGAUCUCAAGGCAUGCUCCAGGGGUUGCCUUGUCGGUCGAGAAAGAAGGUCAUACACACGGCUACUGCUGCACGGAGGCUGGAUCCUUCUGGGUUGCUGACUACGUCGCAAACUUGAUUAAAAACCAAAUGCUCAUCGGAGAUAGCUGA